AUGUCUGGUAUAUGAAAUAAACGAUUUUUAAUCAUGUCACUCAUUUUUACCUUGAUCACAUUUCUUUGUUGUCAAGAAAAUUACGUUUUCUCUCCUUAACAUCAGUCCCUAGCCAUGUCACAUCUCCAAAAUAAUGUUUUCGUGUGUCUGUUUUGAAUAUACUAGGCGAUAAUUUAACUUUAUUUAACUUAAAACACAUUAAAAAUUACUCCAUCUUAUAAACGGAAAAAUUUAAUGUGCAAUGUAAAUUAUUUUUCAUGAUUUUUGUGAAGCUAAGUAGUGUCAUCGGUAAUUAUAGUCAGGCCCUAGCCACUUAGUAAAUUUAAAAAUACGCGGCAAUUGAGUGAAACGAGCAUUUUAAAACCGAUGCGUUCAAAAGUCACCACGCGAAGUUAGCCACACGCUUGGGCCGGCCCGCGUCGGCCAUCUUGGCGUCAGUGCUGUCGGCUUCCCCGCUGAGCAAACACGUGCUGUGCCAGUCAAUCUGUCAGUUCCUAGAAUAUGCCACCUAAAAAGAAAAUACCGCUGUCUAAAGAAGAAAAAGCAAAAAAAAAGUCAGAACAAGCAAAAAAACGUUUAGAAAAAAUAAAAAAUGAUCCAGUUUCAUUAGCGGAGUAUAAAGAGAAAGAAAGAUUAAAAUACCUCAGAAAAAAGGAAAAAGGACAGAGAAAAUGCGUUAAGGAUAUGACUCCUCGUGAACAUAGAAAAGUGAAAAAAAACUGGAUCACUUACUCAGCAGCUUACAGACAAAAUAAGAAAGUUGUUAAACAUGCUGAUAAAUAUAUUGACGAAAAUACGCCACCAACAUCUGAUGGAGAAAAUGGUCUUCAGGUACCACAACAAAGAAAUCUCGAACAACAAGUAGAUGAUAUAAAUGUUCCAUGUAUUGCUGAUAGAAGACAAGCUGAAGCUAAAAGAAGAAGUAUUUUACAACGGAAGAUAAGAAAUAAGCAACUACGGAAGAAGAACCAAGUUAUUGCUGAGUUAAAAAAAAAAAUUGCUAGCCAAAGACAGAAAUACAAACGAUUGAAAUGCCAUAUUAAAAAAUCAAAGAAAGCACUUACACCCAGAAGCAAAAUUAACGAACUGGCGAAUGAUCCUAAUCAAAAGGCAGAAUUGGUCAAAAAAGCACUAUUUGGUGAAGUAAUUCAGACGCAAAUCCUAGAAAAAAAACAGGAAACAAAAACAUACAAGGAGAAAAACAGAUUAAAAAUGGCUUUGUCUGGUUCUAUAGUAAAGAAGUAUAAAAUAUGGAGGUUGGGAGGCAAAGCUGUGACUUACAAGAAUAUGGGAUUUAAUCGCACAAAGUCGACUAAGAAAAACAGCAAGAACAAAAUGAUAGCGAUAAUUCGUCAGUUUUACGAAGAUGAUAGCAAUAGCCGAUGUGCAGCAGGGAAGAAAGAGUGCAUAACUCGCAAUGGUAUUAAAAAACAAAAACGAUUUUUGUUGGAUUCCUUGAAGAAUCUACACCAGAAAUUCCUGUCUACUAAUUCAAUGACGAUUGGGUACUCCUUGUUCUGCCAGCUACGUCCAUUUUGGGUCGUCGAGCCUAAACUUACCGAUCGUGACACAUGUGCUUGCGUCACACAUGAAAACGUUGACCUGAAACUGGUUGCAUUAAAAUACGCAAACAUCUUAAAUUUUGCAACUCAUCAAAGUGCUCUUCAGACGGUUUGCUGUGAUCGGUACUCUGAAAAAUGUUUAUCGAGAACUUGUGACAGAUGUUCAAUGAAAAAUUUACCCUAUAACGAAUUCGACAACAGCGAUGAAAUUUUAGUCAAGCAAUGGAGGAACAGUAAAGAAUUAAUCAAGGACAUAACAACUAAAAAGGAGAGAUAUGUAAUGAAGUAUAAAAAAGAGACUCAAAAACUGAAACCUUAUGAUUUAAUUGGACAACUUGAAGAGACUGAUCUACCUAAACUAUUCCAACAUGAAAUGAACAUUGUGCACCAAUACAAUACUGUUAAAUCUCUCAAAGAGUCACUUACAGAAAAAGAUGCCAUAAUCCACAUGGAUUUCUCGGAAAAUUACACGACUAAAUGCAACCAGGAAAUUCAAUCGUACCAUUUUGGCGGAUCCCGUACGCAAAUUUCGCUACAUACUGUGGUAGUCUACUCGAAAGAUAUGACAACUUCGCAUUGCACUGUUUCAUUAAAUUUAGCUCAUGGUACUGGAGCUAUUUGGGCACAUUUAGAACCAGUGCUCGCAACAUUACCGUCGACUGUAGAAAAUCUGCAUUUCUUGAGUGAUGGGCCUGUAACCCAAUACAGGAACAAAACCAUGUUUUAUAUUUUGGGGUGUAGGAUCCAAGAUUUUUAUCCGCUUGCUAUAAGCUAUUCGUGGAAUUUUCACGAAGCAGGCCACGGAAAAGGAGCCCCAGACGGAGUUGGAGCGACGUGUAAGCGUAGUGCAGACAAACACAUAGCACAACAUGGUGACAUAACCAACUUACAUGACUUUGUUGUGGCACUCCGCGAAAAAUGUCCGGGAAUAAAGGUUUCUAUUAUUGAAGAUGUCAAUAUAGAUAGAGUGAAUAAAAUGAUCAAGGAGAAUGAGGAUAAGCAGAAAGCUUUUAAAGGUACGCUUUUGGUACACCAAGUCCGAGGCAAUGUUUAUAUGCCGAAUAGAAUAUUUAUGAAAGCACUAAGUUGUUUCUGUGAUGAUGACGGCUGUGAACAUUUUAAAUUAGGAACUUUAGAAUACCAGACAAACAUUAAUCGACUGCAAGUGUCUACGGUGUACUCAGAUUCCGAAGAUGAUGUGCCAUUAGCAAGCACGAGUCGUGAUUGGCAAGAAAUAUCGAAGACAAACUAUGGCAGUGGAGAUUAUGUUUUGAUCAAGUUAACUAUGCGAAAAAAAGAAUACCGGUAUGCUGCGAUUUGCUCGAAAUAUGAUGAAGUGGAUGGUGAGUUGACAGUUGCAUUUCUAAAAGUUAGCAACGACCAUGGGACUGAAUUUAAACUUAAUGACAAUGAUAUCGCUGACGUACCUUAUGAAGAUGUGAUAGAAAAACUGCCAGUUCCUAAAUUAGUGAAUAAAAGAAACACAACAAUCUAUAGAUUUAACAAGCCAGUUAAUGUAUUUGAGAAGUAAGACUACGUAUUUUAUGAUAAAAUUAUAAGACUGCAAAUUUGUGUUCUUAAAGUACAAUUAUAAUUAAGAAGAAACUAUUUUUGUUCAUUGUUAUAUUACAUAAUGUUAUGUUUUAUAAUUAUAUAUUAUGUAAAAGUACAAAAUAUGUUUAGUUGUGUGAUCUCAAGUAAGUAAUGAAAAGUAUUACUAGUUCUGUUAUUCUUGUUGGUAAGAGAGUAGUAUCCAAGAUACUUAUCUAAAGUUAGUUUUGUCUUUAAUUUGAUUAGAUUUUGCUAUAAAUGUGUCAAUUAGUAAUAUAAUAGCAAGAAUUACUAAAUAAAUAUUGAUUAUGUACGAUGAAAAUGUAAUUUUAUUUAUACUAACAAUGAAGGGCAUCAGUCCCUAGCACAGCCAGUCAGUCCCUAGAAAACCGAUAUCAAAAAAACUCAAUUUUCUCUAUAAAUACUAAGUAAAGUGACCGGCCUGUCUGGAUACAAAAUUUAAACUAUUAAAAAAACCAUAUUUACUAAAAAGUUAUUAAAUUAGUAUAAAAUAACACUGAUGGAAAAAAAAAUUAGAAAUUUACCCAACUUUUAUGGAAUCACCCAUAUAUA